AGGUACCUGCCACGGAACCCAAAAGAGUGAAUUUCAACAAAAAUUGGGGGAUCUUUUUACGAAAAGUUCACCUUCUGCGCGGUCCUCCUUAGUUCCCCAUCUCCCUCUCUCCCCUUCACCACUACCCUAGCUGCCCGCUCCCACCCACGGCAGUGCGCGCCAACCUCUGCUUUGUCUAAUUGACUGUUGUUCUCUUGCACCAGCAGACAAGCUUCGCCAUAUUCACAAUGGCCGACACCAAGCAGGCACCUGCUGCGGCAGCAGAUACCAAGACCGAGACAAAGACUGAGACCAAGACCCGUCCUACCUUGCCUGAUGAGGCCGAAUACCAGAAGAAGCUGAAGGUUGCCGAGAAGGAGCAUAAGGAUGCUCUCGAUCAGCUGAACGCCAUCAAGGCCAAGAUCGAUAUCGCCAUGCCCAACAAGAACAAGGAGCAACAGUCCCCCACUCAGAAGCGCCGCGCCGAGCUCAUUGCCCAGGCCAACGAGAUUCGUCAGAAGCAGGGCGCCGGCAAGAACGCCCGUACCUCCAAGCUUGACCAGAUCAAGCGCCUCGACGAGCAGCUCCGUUCCCGCAUUGCCGAGCAGAAGACUGCCCGCUCCAAGGUCAACUACAAGAGCGUCGAGGAGGUCGACCGCCAGAUCGAGAAGCUCGAUUCUCAGGUCAACUCGGGCACCAUGAAGAUUGUCGACGAGAAGAAGGCCCUCGCCGAGAUCUCUUCUCUCCGCAAGCUGAGGAAGAACUUCUCCCAGUUCGACGACUCGCAGAAGCAGAUUGACGACCUCAAGUCCAAGAUUAAGGAGAUCAAGGACUCGAUGGAGGACCCCGAGGCCAAGGCUAUGUCUGAGCAAUACAACAAGAUCCAGGCCGAGCUGGACGCCAUCAAGGCCGAGGGCGACGAGGCCUACAAGAACCUGUCCUCGCUCCGUGACGAGCGUUCGAGGCUCCACAACCUUCAAAACGAGAAGUACCAAGCCGUCAAGACUAUUAAGGAUGAGUACUGGCAACAGCGCAAGGCCGCCCAGGCCUACGAGCGUGAGGCUCGUGAGAAGGCCCGCGAGAGAAGAAAGGCCGAGCAGGACCGUUACCACAAGGAGCGCAAGAAGGCUGAUGCCGAGAAGUUCCUCGCUGAUGCCAGUGACCCCGCCUACCUGGAGGAGAUUCGUCGCGCCAACAGCCUGCUCCAGUUCCUCGACCCCACCCACAAGGUCGAAAAGGCCCCUCUCCAGGCUGACAGCGGUCUCAGCGCCCAGGCUUCGCGUACCGUUGAUGACUCCGGUCUCAAGGGCAUGAAGAUUGUUUCCAAGAAGGACCGUGAUGAUGAGCUGUUCCCCGCCGUCAAGAAGGGGAAGAAGGGCAAGAAAGGCGGCGCAUCCGAGGAGAAGGCCGGCAAGUUCAACUGCCCGCCCUCUGUCGUUGAGGACUGUGCUUUCCUGGGUAUCGACCCCCCUAUGAGCCAGGCCGACGUUCCCGCCGUUGCCGAGAAGGUGAAGGCCAAGCUUGAGCACUGGAAGUCUGACCAGGAGGCCCAGACUCAGCGCAACAUCGAGAAGGCCAAGAAGCAGCUCGAGAAGCUCGAGGCCGACGAGGCUAACGGUGUCACCAGCAACGGCGACGCGGUCGAGGAGGUCACCAAGGAUCUUGAGGAGACCUCCGUCGAGGAGAAGGCAUAGUCAGACGACUCGCCGAUCCCCCUAUUAGUUGACUGUACCCUUGCCCACGUCCCAUCGGGCUCUUUUGCUAGUCCUGGUCUCCUCUCCCGUUGCGCCCUCAACGGCGAUGUUAAAAACUACAAACGCAAAAGGUCUAAAAGAGACGACUGACUCCCUCAAUAUACGCACACACGAAACCAACACCCUUUGCAUAAACCAAGAAAACUCAGAUCACGGGGGACGCUUAACCUUUUUAUAAAACUCUCUGGCCCGUCUUUGCGUCAUUUCUAGCCCGGCCCUUCGAGGCGGCUUUCUUGUACUUAUAAGCAUCCCCCCAAAACCUAGUCCCAGCCAAAAAUGAGAGGUGAAAGAGAAGAAGCUUCUUCGGUUUUCCAACCAGAGGGCGCCAUGAAGAACCUUUCAUGAAUAUGCUCUCAACAUGCAUCCAAUGUAAGUGGACGAAGGUCACUGAAUUGAUUGAAAACGCUCGUUUGUUUCGUUCUAGUUCGUCACGAUGUCUCACAACAGCAAGCUCAGAGGCCACAAAAUUCCAAUUGUC